GCCGAGCCCACCCGCCACGGCCGAGGGGAGCGCAGAUAGAGGCCGGAGGUAAAGGAACCAGUGGGGCUGGAGAACCGGGGUUCCCAAGGAGGGCCCUACAGGAUGCCAAAUACAGAGAGCAGCACCUCCUCAGAAGAGGAAGAGGAAGACUCAGAUGCAGAUCAAGAGACAGAGCAGCCCUCUCUCCUCUCAGGGAAUCCAGGGUCCGAGCUCAGGGAUCAUGGCCACCACAUACUGGAUUCAGUCAACACUCGUCUGGGCCAGCUGCAGCUUCUAGGUUUGAGAGACAGCGGCAACCAGGCGGCUGGAGAGAACCCUGCCCAGAGUCCAGCCAGCCAUGUCCCCCAGUCAGGGGGAUCCGGCCCGUUCGGCCCACGGGUGGAAUGUGCCUGGAAGCUGAGCCCCUUCUUGGGCUCCAAGGCCGAGAGCCCAGGGCAGCAGAGCGAUUCCCACUCCGUCGGCCCCGAGGAUUUUGCUGCCUGUUUCCCGGAGGGAAUGAUGGAGCUACUGGGCGAGGAGGAGACGGCUCCUGGGCCUAUGAUGGUGGCACCAGAGGUCCCCCUUGUGCUCUCGCGAGCCGAGGUGGGGCAGGAGCAGCGUGGGGGCCUGGGCAGGCCCCGGGAUGGGAGCCUGGGGUUCCUGGAAGACUGGAUCUCCAGGCUAAGCCAGGGCUACCCUGCCGACAUCCUCCACCCGCGGGACCCAGCAUCCGCUGGGAACCGGGGCCACCUCAGUGUGCUCUGGGGAAGCCCCCGACUGGAGGAGUGUCCGGCCCCUCACCAGCCUCCUGAAGAAGGCACCGCCGAGCCUCCGGGCCCCCCAGCUUCACCCCGCGGCCUCCUUGAGCCUUCCCGGGUGGACAAGACAGGGCCCUUGCUUGGGGCCGAGGAGCCUGCUGACCAAGAAGAGGCCCAGGCCUAUAGGCCACCCGCCCCACCAGCUCUCAGGCACGGCUCCGGGAGGCUCUGGGGAAACACAUCCAGAUUUAGCAGCAGCAGCAGCCAGAGGACCAAAGAGGAGCUGGACACCAUGGGGGCCCAGGCUGACCCCAACGGAAAGAGUCCUGCCAGGACCUGGAGGUCCGGCUGGCACAUUGCCAACGAAGAGCCCUUCUGGUGGCCGGAGGGAGCACUCUACACCGGCCCUCCCAGGGCUGGCCUGGAAUUACGGGGACCCCAGCAGGCUCCCAGCUGGGAGGAGGAGGGGCUGGGGAUGUGGAAGCGCCGAAGGACCCUGCUGCCUGGGGCCUUCAGGUCUGAGCUGCAGGUGGCCUGGGAGCCUCCGAGCAGGCCGCUCCUGGCCCUGAGGGCCGCAGAGCCAAAGCAGGAACCAGGGGGAAGAUUCGAGGACCCGGAGAGGUGCCGGAUGGACAGGGAGCCGGAGCAGCUUCAGGGGAGGGAGGAGGCAGCAGCGGCAGCGUGGACCCCGGCAGCAGCUCCAGAGAAGCUGAGAGAGGAAAACUGUCAGCAGCUGCAGGAGGAGGAGGAUGCAACACUGGCCCAGCUGAGGCAGGAGCUUGGAGAGGCCCAGCGUGCCCUGCUGGAGGAGCAGAGCCGGUGGGAGGACGAGAAGCAGGUGGCACUGCAGCAGCAGCGGGAGAUGCUGCAGGAGCAGAGCCGGCAGGCCCAGGCGGAGGCCGGGGCGGCCCUGGAGACGGAGCGGCAGGCCGGCCGGGCUCUGCAGGGUCGCGUGGCGGAGCUGCAGGCGCAAGUGGAACAGCUGGAGCGCCACGUCCAGCAGCUGCAGGACAAGAAGGAGAAGGAGACCCAGCUGCGGCUUCACCUGCAGGAGCAGCUGCUGGAGAAGACCAGGGUGCUGCGGGAGGAGGCCAACCAGGAGCGAGCCCGAGACCACGAGCGCUGGGGGACCGAGGUCCAGCAGCUGCGGGCUGACCUGAGGGAGGUGUCGGGCCGUGAGGAGGCUGUGUUGGCCCAGCUGGAGCGGGCAGAUAGGGCGGUGGCCCUGACCUGUCAGCAACUUCAGAGCCUGCUCCCAGAGCCGCUGGCCAGCCCCCUUGCCCUGGCCGCCGCAGCCCGUGGCAGGCCCAGCCCUCUGCCCCUGAGCCCAGUGCUCCAGCUCCUGUGGGGCCUGGGCACGGCUGUCCAGCGUCACCUCCGCGGCGUAGAGCACGAGGCCGAGGCCCAGCGAUACGCCAUCAUGCAACUUCAGAGAGAGAAGGAGUGGAUACUUCGAAGACAAAAGGAGCAGCUCCAGCUGGAGGCCCCAGAGGCGCCGGAGGCCCAGCAAGCCCGGCUGAGUCAGGAGCACACCAGCCAGAGACACGGCCAACCCGCCGGACUGGGGCCUCAGCCGCUGGCCCCUCCCCAGCCGGAGCUGCUGUGGGCUUUGCAGAGGAACCUGGGCCCCUGGAGGGAGGAGAUGGCCGGACAGAUGACCCGGCCCCCCCAGGAGGAUCUGGCCGUAGAACUGGAUAGGCGCCAGUUCGGACAGGCCCACCUAAAUCUGGAGCAUCUGGAGUUGAACCCAGGAUUGUGGACCUUGAGGCGCUUCAGCCCCGACUUGCCUCUCACGCCCUACUUCCUGAUGAGCAGCCCCUGGCACCACAACUGGCCCCUGAGGGCAGAGCCAUGGGCAUUCUUCCCCAGGGCAGCGGCCCAGGCCGUAGGCCUGCAGCCGGAGGCUAGAGCCAACGAGCAGGCCGUGGCCCCGGGCCCGCCCCAUCAAGGCCGUGGCGGCUGCCUGUCCCAGGCCCCCCGGAGGCCCUGGCUCAGUCCCUCCUCCAGGGAGCGGGUCCAGCGAGCCUCUGCUGCUGCCAGGGGCUUCCACCUGUAAACGGCACCAGAAGGCCAGUGUGCCCCCCUCCCCAUACCCCAGUCCCCCUUUUCCCUCCCCGCCUCCAAACACAACAGGCCAGCCUGCUCCCGCUGCCAGUAAAGGCUGGAGAAGGUUACUCAGGAUUUCCACUUAAUCUGCCCAAACAGGUAGGGUGAGCGUAGCAAGCUACCCCCUGGCCCGCAGGCAGGGCCUCGAGCCAAGUACAGCCCAUGCUGCCCUUCCCCUUAAGGAGGUCCAGGCUGAAACAGCGCCAGUGUCAUCAUCACCCACCCACCCCCCGCUGCCCACCCCAUUGUAACCUCAGCCCACCAUCCGUCAGAGGGGCCACUGCUUGCCAAGUUAAGAGGGGCCCAGCCCUCAAAAAGUGCCAUAUUCACCAUGAUUGGAGCAGCCCAGCUGCCCUUAACAUGGUGGCGGAAGCCACUUCCUGUCUGCCACUUCACUGUGGCAUUCAUUCCAGGCCCACCUGUUAGAUGAAAGUAGAUGUUUACCUUUGAAAGUUGGCUUGGGUUGUUUUUCACGAGGGAGCAGAGAGCCAGAUCGGUCUCAGUUAAGGAAGCCAUCGCAGAUCGGAGGGAAAGGACGAGGAAAAUCUCAGUCCCCCUGAACGGGGAAAACCCCCCGCUGCCAUUUGAGACAAGCACAGAGUUCCUGUACAACCAGCUUGGGAAGCCAAACCGCAGCCCAGCCCCCUCUCCCCGUCCCAGGUGACAACAGGCCGUUCUCUGGAUCUGUGAGGUAAAUCCCCCAGGGCCCUUCGGAUAUCCUGCCUGGGCCACCAUGGGCAGACAUGGUCUGUCAGCUGGUAGCCGCGGGCACUAAACCAGUCUCACUCCACUUGGGCAUAUCUCAAAAACACCAGACUCUGCCAGUUGACUUGAGGUUAGUGUUCCCUCAGGAAGCAGCGUGGCCCAGUGGAGAAAGCACAGGCCUGAGGCAUAGGGGACCUGGGUUCUAAGCUC